AUGCUCUCACGUGUUGCUGCUGUAAUGGCAACCCGCACACACAACCGUCGCCGCGUGACCGGAUCCAGCGGAAGGAGGAGGGAAGGAAGAGAGAGUGAGUCGCAGAGGCCCAACAUGUCCCGGCGUGUGUUUGCUUCCGCGGUGCUGCUGCUCCUCCUUUUCGUGAUGAUGUGCGGCGCCGCUGGGUCAGUGCAGGCCCAAAACUAUGGAACGAGAGUGGGCGAUUCCUAUGGAAGACACAUUUUGAAGCGGUCGCCAAGGGAGUAUCCAGUCGCAAACACAGCGGCCGCUGGCCACAUUUUCCGCAAUCCCCAUCUUGUGAAUUUGGGCUGGAUGCUCCUGGCCAUUGUUGGAGCUCAGUUCAAUGGAUCUGUGGGGAGCGGGAGUGCGUCCAUGCAGUUGAUGGCACAGAUCAGCGUUGAUGAUGGGAGGACGUGGCAGUCGUACGCGGGACCAGAAGAUCGUGACGCUUUUGCUGCAAGCCCUUACUGGUUGCCGUUUCCGUCGUCUUUUGGACCCUUCGAACCGCUUUUUGCAUUUGUGGAGGGCUACGACUUACGGACUGGGGCCAUGAUUCGUUUUGCCGAUGAGUGGGGGGGAAGUGGGUUGGAGUCUGUUAUCCAUUUUCUGGAGUCGGGGCCUGGACGAAGCGGAGGUUUUUCGAUGAGUUCCUUCUCUAUGAGCAUUCGCCCUCCUUAUCCCUAUGAAUCCGACGAAUUGAUUGGCUUCCUCAACGAUGCCAGCACUCCCAUCACGAGAAUGACGGAUGGCACGCUCGUGUUUCCCGUGCAGUUUCUGGAAUUUGGAGGGAAAACCGCGUCCACAGUCAUGUA